UGGCAUGGAUACAUUCAUAUGCUUCAUCAAAUUGGAUUUAUACGUUCAUGUGCCUUUUUUACUUUCUCGACGCCUCAAACGGCGGAUAUCAAGGACAUAACGGCAAUUCAAAUGAUCUUGUACCAGAUAAUCCGUUAAAUACACUUGUACCUAGCCGAUGGAGCGAACCGUAUUUCGAUACAACGUUACCGAGAAAUGUAACUGCCUUGUCGGGCAAGUCUGCCUAUCUGAGUUGCCGAGUUAUAAAUUUGGGCAAUAAAACUGUAUCAUUCGUUCGUCAUCGCGAUCUGCACAUCCUCACAGUUGCUACAUACACAUAUACAUCAGAUCAGCGAUUUACCGCGACAUACCAUCGUGAUACCAACGAAUGGACAUUGCAGAUAAAAUGGGCACAAAAACGUGACGCUGGCGCCUACGAGUGUCAAAUAUCCACGCAGCCUGUGAAAAGUUAUUCCAUUGACUUGAGUAUCGUCGUGCCAACAGCAACCAUAUUGGGGGGUCCUGAUGAUCUUUAUGUGGACAAAGGUAGCUCAAUUAAUUUAACAUGCUUAAUACGAUUUAGUCCCGAGCCGCCAAACUACAUUUUUUGGUAUCAUCAAAACGAGGUGCUGAGCGAAGAGACGCGGAGUAACAUAAGAAUCCAUUUCGAGCAGCAAGACAAUGCAGCGAUAUCGUAUUUGUUAAUCAGACGAGCUGAUUUUACCGACUCGGGCACUUAUAAAUGUGAUCCUGCCAAUGCUGAGAUAGUUAGCAUACGAGUGAACGUUCUAAAUGGUGAGAGACCCGAAGCCAUGCAAACGGGAUCAUCAAAUUUAGCAAAUAAGACAAAUCGUUUAUUCAUCAUUCUCAUCAUCUCGUACAUCUUCGAGUACUUUAUUCCAGUUUUCCAUCUCUACUCCAACAUUUCGUACGAAGGCAGCAGGUGAUAAGUUACGUCGUAUCGUAACUGCAGAUAGAAAGAUAAACAAAUAAAAGUGU